AUGAUCCGCUCUCACCAGUGGUCUGAUCGCAGGCCUGAGACACAAUUGAUUAGCCAAUCAGUGGCCACGUUAUGUGUGGUGUCUCUUGAGAUAACAAACGGUAUAUUCUUCGGUGGUAUCGAUGGAUGGGUUAAGACAUACGCGACCACCACUGGGUCUGCGGCGGAUGAUCACAAUCAGUGGAUCAGUUGGCGGACAAUGGUUUUGAACGCCAGACAAGCCGUACGCCAAUUGAGCCGUUUGUUUGCCAACACAACUAAUCUACCCGUCAGGUGUAUGUCCGACGGAGGAUUUGGCAGUGGGGCCGGAAAGGUAUGCCUCACCCGCGCCCACCCGUGCGACACCACCCGGUGCUCCCCCUGUAUAGCCGCCACUGUGAGGUACCCAACGGGCGCACAUACCACUCAGGGCGGAGGGUCGGGCGGAUCCAUUCGUGACGCCGGCGGCGCGUUCGGCAAACAAGAGGCCGCCCGCGAAGAGGAGUUCUUCCGCCGCAAACAGAAGGAACAGUUGGAGAAAUUGAAGUCCGGUUUGGAUGGAGAGAAGGAACGGCUCGAGAAGCUCAUCAAAGAUCACGAACAGGAGAUCCAGAAGCUCCAGAAGUUGCAAAAAGAUGGCAAAUAGCAGAUAAUGGGAUGUUUGCUGACAGACACGAGUCGGGAGUUUAUUAGUUUUGAUUGUAAUAACCAUUUAUUUGCCAUUUAAUUGAUUAUUGAAUUUGUUUUGUUAGUUAUUUUAAUUGAAUGAUUAAAUUUCAAUUCAUUUAUUGUAAUAAUAGUAAACAGUAAUGAAAUUUAGAAUAAAUUAGUGUUUGA